GUUUUAUUAUUGAAACAACAAUAAAAUUGUAAGCUAAGAAAAGUAUGUUUGGUGAAUAUGCUCAAGUUGCUAGUUAUAUAAACCAAGAUGGAACUCAAAACCGAGGUGGUGAAAGGGGAAAUUCAUCUUAUCUACCAUCAUAUUUAUUACCAAUGUAUCAAUCUACUAAUCCUUGGCAAACUGGUCAUGAUAUGUCUCAUGAUGAUUUCAUUAUCAUAGCUGAAUUCUCUGAAAUUGAAGGACCAAAACCUUUGAUGACCAUUCCAAGAGAUGGGGGAUCAGAGUUUGAUAAAAAUGCCUUUUCAGUUAAGAUUAUGGCUGUAGAUCAUCAAACAAGUACAAGUGGAUUUAGUUUAUCAGAAGAUACACAAGUUAUAUUGACUGAUUCAGGAGAAUUUAAUGUUUCUGCUUUUGUUCAUCACUUUGCUUUAUAUGAUAAUGAAGCUCGAGGGUUUGUCAGACCGUUUUGUAUGGCAUAUGUUACUACAGAUCAGAGAUAUUUUAAAUAUGGUAAUAAAAUGGUAUUUGUUAAAGAUUUAGAGCAACAUUCAUCUGAUUUAGAAUAUACUAAAAAUUGUUUGAUUGUAAAUUACCGUAAAGCUGCGUCUGAUGAAUCUAUUACUAGUCCUACUGAUGAUAGAAAAUAUCAAGAUUUAAAUAAUAUACAAACUACAUUAGAAGAAAUCAGAGAUAUACUAGUUAUAUUAAAACCAUUAUUGAAUGAUAAAAGGUUAGAGAAUAGAUUUUAUACAUUAGAAAAGAGGGCCUGGCAUGACUGGAAUAGACCUAAUAAAUCAGAUACAAUGAGUCUACAAGAAAAUUGGUUUACAGAUCACACUGGUACUGCUACUGCCCAUUAUGGUUCAUUCCAUGAAAAAAAUGAAAAUCCACUCCAUCUGUUUGAUAGAGAAAAAGUAUACAUUCCAAAGUUAGUUGAGACCAAAAGAAAGAAGAAAUUUGACAGAACAUUGAGAAGUUUACAUGAAUUAUGUUCAUGGGGAGCCAAAGAAGGCAUGAAAAAACUACGCUCGAUAUAUGAGCAUUUUAAGAGAGAUGGUAUGAUAUUAGAAAUAGAAAGUAAUGAAAGUUGUUUAUUGGAUUCUCCUUCAUCAGUAUUAUCAAUAGGACAAUGUGUUACUCAUAAUUUCCUCUCCAAUCUUUCAUUGAGACCAGCUGACUGUUCUUAUUUAGAUAUAAAUAGUAAACCUAUAGAUAUUACUCAACGAUGGUCUUCAUUAGACACAUUAGAAAGUUCGAUGGAAUCAUUUAAAUCUGUAGUUAGUUUAGAUUCUUUACGAUCAGCCCAGUCAUCUGAUAGUUUUAUUAUAGCUACUGAUAGAUUCUCUGAUGAAGAUGAGAUGUCCAGGCAGAAAAGUGUUCCAAGAACUGAUAGUAAUUUUAGUAUUAGUAGUUCACAUACCGAUACCGAUACAGUACCUAGUGUUUACGAAUCAUUCCCUAACUCACCAGUCAAGACUGCUGAUAAAACAUUUCUACCAGGUGAAAUUUCUAGUACCGAAGAUAGAAAAUCUUCUCUAAGUGACUCAAAAUCAGACACUUCCAAAGGUUUUAGUGAAAAUGAGGACAGUGGAAUUCAUAGUGAAAAUCAGAACUCAAUACACAGUAUUUCUGUGGAGGAAAGCAUUUCAGAAAAUAUUCAAAAUAAUUCCAUACAGACUGACAAUAUAAGAGAUGAAAUAAAAGGUAGUGAGUUAAGUCGAGUGCCUAGUACAUCAAGUCAACUAUCAGAGUCUAGUGAAAGACUGGAUGGUAUUAUUAAUAUUGGUAAUAGUAGUGGUAAAAUAGAUGUAUUAGAUAGAAGUUUAUCUAGACAAUACUCAGAACCUGAUGAUAAUACAGAUACAACUCAUAGUAGUACUGAUGGUAUCAGAUGUACAUUUUCACCAUUACUCAGGAAACCACGUAGUGGAGUUUAUACAUUAGGUGAUUUAUUGUUUAAUCUACGACCAGGUAGUCCAGGUAUUGGUAUAAUACAUGUAUUAAAUAAGUACAGUAAUUUACAGUUUAUAAUAAAUAGUAUAUUAACUGGUAGAAUUGUAUUAGUUAUUGGUACUAUCAAAGAAGAAUUAGAAGUUAUUAAACUAGUCACUGCACUUAGUCUAUUUCUUCCACAACAUAGAAGGAAACAUAACUGUAUAUUAGAAUGGUCAUCUAAACCAUUAAGAAUCAGUGAUUUAUCUAGAAUUAAACUAGCUGGUGUUUGUAAAUCAGAUAAAAGAUCUGUUGAUUCUAAUGUUAAGAAGUAUUGUACUAUUAUAGAUGUUGAAAAAAGGGUCAUAUUGGCUCCAAAUUAUCAGGGUGUUUUGAUAAAUAAUAUUAUAAGUAAGAAGAAAUGUUUUAAAACUGAUGCUGAUUUUAUAGCUUAUACCCAUUGUUGGUUAAUGGAUAUAGCAUCUAAAGUUUUUAUAUUCUAUCAUUCCUUUUGUCUUGGUUCAACUAAAUUAUUAAUAAAUAGUUCAACUAUAUCUAGUUAUAAACAGCAAUAUUGUAAUUCUGUGAAAGGUUUUUUAACCAAGCUAGGUAUACAUGAUAAUGAUUCACCAAUUAUAGAGUAUUUGACUGAAGUGGUAAAGCUGAUUCAAUUAAAUAUCACCCCAAAUGAAGAUGGUAGUAGAGUUUUACCAGUAGCUUUAUCUUAUAAACCAUGUCAGUUAUAUAGAUGUUGA